CCUGAGAUGCUGUUUUUGAGCACCUCUCAAAUCAACAACCCAACCGCUGGGCGCGGCCAGCACCACCCUGGGCACCGGGCAGGGCAGCAGGCACCAGCAUGGCUCCCGAAGAGCUCAUGGCAUCAGCUGACUACGACUACUCGCUGCUGGCCAACGCCACGGGCAGCCAGGAGGCCCUCUCCAGCUGGGACGUCUUCUUCACCACGGUCUUCAUCCCCAUCCUCUACUCCCUCAUCUUCCUCCUCGGCCUGGUGGGGAACCUCUUUGUCGUGGCGCUGCUGGCGGUGAGGAGCGGAGGCGAGAGGGCAGUGGACACCUUCGUGCUGAACCUGGCGCUGGCCGACGUCAUCUUCAUCUGCACCUUGCCCUUCUGGGUGGCAGCAGGGGCACAGGGCAACCGCUGGCUGCUGGGCGAGGGGCUCUGCAAGCUCAGCAGCUACGUCAUCGCCGUCAACCGCUGCUCCAGCAUCCUCUUCCUCAGCGCCCUCAGCGUGGAGCGCUACCUGGUGAUGAGGAGGGUGCUGGACACCAGGCUGGUGGGGGCCCGAGGGCAUGUCCGUGCCACCUGCGGGCUUAUCUGGGCAGCAUCCCUCCUCCUGGGUGCCCCGGCCCUGGUGUACAGGCAGCUGGACGGAGAGGACUGCUGGGAUGAAGAUGGAGAGGACUUCAGCCUGGCCAUGGUCUUCCUCACCUUCCUCCUCCCCUUGGUGGUCAUCUCCUUCUGCUACUGCUCCAUCUCCUGCCGGCUGCAGCGCCACGUCCGGCUGGGCAGGGGCGUGCGGCGCUCCCACCGAGCCAUCCUCACCAUCGUCACGGCCUUCCUCUGCUCCUGGCUGCCGCUCAACGCCUGCAAGGUGCUGCUCUUCCUCCUGGCCAAGGGGACGCUGUCGCUGUCGCAGGGCCAGGCGGUGGCCCUGCGGUGGGUGGUGGCAGGCAGCACCUGCCUGGCCUUCCUCAACAGCUGCGUCAAUCCCCUGCUCUUCGCCCUGAUGGAGCCGCGCUGCCGGCAGGGCUGUGCCCGCGGCUGGCCCCUGGCCCCCUGCGCCCUGGGCACCGCUCCUGCCGCGCCUGCUCCUUCCUCCUCCAGCCUCUUCUUCGGUGGCUGGAUCUGGACCAAGCCCCCCCACGGCCGCCAGGGCGGGAGCAGGACCAAGCUCCGGCUGGCACCGGGGAUCCCGCGAGGUCCCUGCCCCUGCCCCGUGUCCCCCGGUGCCGCCGCCCCGCCGCGGCCUCAGCCAGCAGCCUGCAGCCCGGUAUGACUCCCAGGGCAGGAGCCGGCCCCUGGCACCCCCUCCCUUGCCCCAUGUCCCAUCCUCCCCCCCCUCUC